AUGCGCAACCUAAGAAAUGUGCGUCUUACGGAGACUCAAGUCCAGAGCGACCUCCCUCUGACUGCCACUGCCUGGGACACUUCGUCAGAUGCAGUAGUGGGCACCUUCGGGCCUACAGAGAACAAUGCAGUCAUCGAGCUGCGAAGGAAGCGUCCCGAGGUCACGUCUGCGGAACCGCUGACUCUCGAUGCCUUCGAAUGCAUUGCGUCCUGGGAUGCUCCAAGCCCGCUACCAGACCUUGCUUAUGAUCGAGUACUGUCGCUGCAUUAUUUUGCGGAUAACCUGACUGCCUGCUUGGUGCUAGAGGGCGGUGAUAUCGUCGUUGUGCGCGAGGAGCCCCUCCCCGGUGAGGACAAAAUUGAGAUUGUCGGCUCUGUCGAUGUGGGAAUCACCGCUGCUGCAUGGUCCCCGGACGAGGAACUACUGGCUCUCACGACUAGAGCCCGCACAUUCCUGUACAUGACCCGAGAGUUUGAGAAUGUGGCCGAGAUUACUUUCACGCCAAAUGAUAUGCGGGCCUCGCAGCAUGUAUCUGUGGGCUGGGGAAAGAAAGAGACGCAGUUCCAAGGAAAGCGAGCCAAAGCUCUGCGAGACCCAACGGUCCCGGAGAAAAUCGACGAGGGCAAAUUGAGCAGUUAUGAUGAUGCCAGCACGACGAUCAGCUGGCGGGGCGAUGGUGCCUAUGUCGCAGUUAACAGUGUUGAGACGGGAAUCCGCCGUGUCAUCAGAGUGUACUCCAGAGAAGGCACUCUGGACAGUGUGAGUGAGCCGGUCGACGGGCUAGAAGGUGCUCUCAGUUGGCGGCCAUAUGGAAACCUGAUCGCAGGAAUUCAACGCCUGGACGACCGCAUCGAUGUGGUGUUCUUCGAACGAAAUGGCCUACGCCAUGGCCAAUUUUCUCUGCGUCUGACUGAGGCCGAGCGACAGUCCUGGGCCUCGCAGAUUCACUUGGCUUGGAACAUCGACUCCACUGUGCUUGCCGUUCGGUUCAAGGACCGAGUCCAAUUCUGGACCGUGGGCAACUAUCACUACUAUCUCAAACAAGAGAUCCCGAUUGUGGUAGACCCCGAAUACCCGUUUCCGUUCUCUUUUGAAUGGCACCAAGAGAAAGCAUUGCGCGUAGUCGCCGGUUCUUCAGGCUCGAUAUUGGAUUUGGGCUAUGUCUUCGACAUUAGCCACGGGUCCACUGUGAUUCCAGAUGAUGUAGGAGCUGUCGCUGUCAUUGAUGGGAGGAUUCUCAAGCUUUCACCGUUGCGACUGGCUGGGGUUCCACCUCCAAUGGCACAUAAUGAACUGACGCUCGACUCUAACAUCAUUGACGUUGCAUUCAGCAAGUCAGGCACUCGCAUUGCUGUUUUGAUGAGCGACAGGUUUUCCGUUUUCCUGUGGUCUUUGAAGAGUCGUCCAGUCGCUGUGCCCAUUCUCGAAUCCAGCUAUCCACUAUCAGAUGCGCCGGCCAGCCGGCCCAGACAAAUUGCUUUUCUGAACGACAACGAAGUUUACGUGCUCAAGGACAGUGCACCGAGCACGAGUCAUAUUGAGCGGACGAUGCUGGAGAUACGGGUGACUCAAGUCGUUUACCAAGCUUCCGAUGCACAGCAACUUUCUUCGAUCUUCCCAGGCAUUGGGCAUCAAGCUCUGUGGUUCUCACAUGCUCGCCAGGCGGGACGCCCUGUCGCCUACUCGAACAUUAGUGCGCCAGCAGGCGAGGAGGUUGAAGUUUCUUUGUGGGCCGAGAGUCCCAACGUUGAGACACACUGGGCCCGUGCCGUUUCGAUUUCCGAAAAUGAGCGGAUACUGGUGACAAUGACAAGAACUGGAGCCUUGUAUGCGAACAAGCGAGUGAUUGCGAAGAACUGCACAUCGUUCCUCGUGACUCCCGCUCAUCUCCUGUUCACCACGUCUCAGCACUUACUGAAAUUUGUUCAUCUCAAUCGGGUCGAAGAAAUGGAAGUGCCGGGUGAUACCCCAGAAACGGAUGAGCGGUGCAGAAGCAUCGAACGUGGUUCGAAAUUGGUCUCGGUGAUGCCAUCGAUCUUCGCCGUGGUUCUUCAGGCGCCUCGAGGAAAUAUCGAAACUAUCUUCCCACGCGCGUUGGUGCUGGCUGGAAUCCGCACCUUUAUCGACCAGAAGAACUACCGGGCCGCGUUCCUGGCUUGCCGAAGCCAGAUGGUUGAUCUGAACAUUCUCCAUGAUUAUGCUCCCCAGCAGUUCAUGGAGAAUAUUCAACUGUUUAUUGACCAAGUAAAGAAGAUCGACUACAUUGACGAUUUUCUCUCUCGCUUAAUAGAGGACGAUGUUUCCCAAACGCUCUACAAAGACACUCUCAAGAUCUCCAAGACUGAAUCUGCAGCUGCUACUCAAUUGGAAACCCAAGCGGCACCCUUGCUGCCCAAGACUACCAAGAAAGAGAGCAAGGUCAACCAAAUUUGCGACUCAUUCCUCGCGGUCCUUCAAGGUCGCGUGGACACCAACUUGCAGAAUCUGGUGACGGCACAUGUGUGCAAAUCGCCCCCCGACCUGGAGGCGGGCCUGGAACUGGUCGCAGGUCUCCGAACCCAAAAUGCGGAACAGGCAGAAGAUGCCAUUGAGCAUAUGUGCUUCUUGACUGACGCCCAUCAGCUCUACUCACAUGCCCUGGGCCUAUACGAUUUGGAGCUUACUCUGCUGGUUGCCCAACAAGCGCAGAUGGACCCCCGCGAGUAUCUUCCGUUCCUCCGCAAGUUGCAGCAGCUGCCGGAGCUUCGGCGUCAAUUCGAGAUCGAUAAUCACCUCGCCCGUUUUGCUAAGGCUUUGAAACACCUGUAUGCUCUCAACGCACAUGACGAGAUCCAGCCAUAUGUCACCAAGCAUAUUCUGUACAAGGAGGCUCUUGAGAUCUACAAGUACCAGGCCGAGCAACAACAGGAAAUCACACAUCUCUAUGCCGACUAUCUCCAAACGCAGUCAAACUACAAGGAUGCAGCAGUCGCGUACGAGUCUCUUGCCAUAUACCACGAGGCCUACAGGUGCUAUAACCUGGCCCACAUGUGGCGCGAGUCCCUGUACUGCGCUAUGAUGGCCUCUCUCUCGGAGGAGGACCUGGUUGCGCAUAUCACCAACCUGGCAUCGACGCUAGUCGACGAGUCCCGAGACUACGUGUCCGCAGCGACCAUCCACGCAGAGCAUUUGUACGACGUCGUCACAGCCGCACGUCUCCUGUGCCGGGGCUCGAAGUUCGCCGAUGCCGCACGGCUCCUCACACUGCACAAAAAACAGGAUUUGGUAGCAGAUAUCGUGGACACAGGACUUGCCGAGGCAAUGGGCUCCAUGACCGACUUACUCGCCGACUGCAAGUCACAGGUGAACGCCCAGGUCCCGCGAGUCCGCGAGCUGCGCCAGCUUCGUGCCGCCGACCCACUCGCCUUUUACGGCGGCGACCCAACAGCCGGCGAGGCCGGCGCCGACAUCCCCGACAACGUAUCUCUAGCCCCAACCGAGACGUCGACGCUGGCCGGCCGCACCAUGUUCACGCGCUACACCAAUAAAACAGGCAUGUCGCGGCAGACAUCGCGCACGCGCCGCCGCGAGGAGCGCAAGCGUGCUCGCGGCAAGAAGGGCACUGUCUACGAGGAGGAGUAUCUUGUCAACAGUAUCCGUCGGCUGAUCGAGCGGAUCAACUCCAGUGUCCCUGAAGUCGAGUCUCUGGUUGAUGCACUGUUGCGUCGCGGCAUGCGCGAGCGAGCUGCGGCUAUUGGUAAAGCGCUUGAAGAGGUUUCGGCCAUGUGUGCCGACUGCCGUGACGAGAUUUUCGAGGUCCCUGAGGCUCCAACGGAGCAGAAUCCCGAUACCAUGGAGGAAAGAUUACAUCCUGAAGAGACGAUCCCGCUACAUGGCGGCUCUGCUGUUCUCGCGGAGAGCGCUGCCAUUGUGGGCGGUACUGCGCCUGGACGUGGGAAGGAUUUGCCUACCGUUAAAGAGAUCAAAAAGUCCUCGUUGCUUGUUUGA